GAGACUCCUGAUUGGCUGAGAAGAAAAUGGGAGGGGUGCAUUACAGAGGCUUAUGCUCUAGAGAAACUUUUGUCCCCCGCAACUGGCGUAACUGUGUCACUCUCCAGGACAAAGACAAGUUCUAGUGGACAGUACAUUCCAUCAGCUGUAGCCGAGACCUAAACACAGUCAACAUGUCAAGCAAGCGUGCAAAGGGGAAGACCACUAAGAAGCGCCCUCAGAGGGCCACAUCAAACGUGUUUGCCAUGUUUGAUCAGUCACAGAUCCAAGAGUUCAAGGAGGCGUUUAACAUGAUUGAUCAGAACCGAGACGGAUUCAUCGAUAAAGAGGAUCUUCAUGACAUGCUUGCCUCUUUAGGUAAGAACCCAUCUGACGAGUAUCUUGAGGGUAUGAUGAGUGAAGCACCAGGCCCCAUCAACUUCACCAUGUUCCUCACCAUGUUUGGAGAACGUCUCAAUGGAACCGACCCAGAGGACGUCAUCAGGAAUGCCUUUGCCUGUUUCGAUGAGGAAGGAUCUGGUUUCAUUCAUGAAGAUCAUCUUAGAGAGCUGUUGACCACUAUGGGAGAUCGUUUCACAGAUGAAGAGGUGGACGAGCUUUUCAGAGAAGCUCCCAUUGACAAAAAGGGCAACUUUAACUACGCUGAAUUCACCCGUAUACUCAAACAUGGGGCCAAGGACAAAGACGACAUAUAGACAAUCACAGACAGACAACCACAGCAGGACAGCACAUUGCAAACACAUACACAACAGUCUGAAUAAGCAUGCAUAGAUGUAACUGCAAUGAAGCAUUUCAAUAUUUUGCCUUUUUACAUAAUAUAAAUACAUAUUUUAUUGUAUGCUAUUUUAAAUGAACAGAUUAGGUUGCUAACAAAAAUCUGUGAAAUGAAAUGUACAUGUUUGGUUACUAUAGGGUACAUAUAAAUGUGUGCAACUCAAAACCUAAUCAAUCAUGUUAAAGAUGGCAUAAACCUGUUUAGAUGUGGUGUUCUAUGCCCCAGUUAUUUAUAUGUGCAUGUUUAGGAAUUUUCAGUAUCACUUUUAACAGAUUUCUAGGGCAUUAUAUGAGUGUUAUUAAACAUUCUGAAGUGUGAUGGCAGUACAACUAUAGAUAGAGAAUUACAAAAUAUACUUGUACAUAUACUUAAAGAUCACAAUCUUUCAAACUGCACUUUUCCUGAGAAGUCUUUGACUCACACUUGGAAUAUAUGAGCUGAAAAGUUUUGCUCGUACUGCAGUUUGUAUUUUCCCAUCAAACCCUUUGAAUAUCUAGCUUAUGAAAUAAAUGAUUCCCAAUGGCA